UAUCAAACAUAACUUGAUGAAGUGACACCAGGUGGGGUAUUUGUUCUACACAAUGGUGGAAUGUUCUUGGAAUACGUAACGCGUUAUGGGAAUUCUGAAAACGUGAUAUCGUGCUUCUCAAUAAUGGAAUUUCUACAAGGAGGAACACUAGUUAAGAAGAAUGGAUGUGAAGUAAGUGCCGAUGAGGCCCUGAAAAACAAAGAUAUUAUUGGCUUUUACUUCAGUGCCCACUGGUGUCCUCCGUGUCGAGGGUUCACCCCUGUUCUAGCCGACAUGUACAGUGAACUAGUGGAUGAGGGUGCUCCCUUUGAGAUCAUCUUUGUUUCAUCUGAUCGGUCUGCAGAUGACAUGUUUCAGUACAUGAUGGAAAGCCACGGAGACUGGCUGGCCAUUCCAUUUCAGUCUGGAGCAUCAAGUAACGUGAAGGCAAAGUAUAACAUCACCGGAAUUCCGGCUCUGGUGAUUGUGAAAAAAGACGGAACUCUCAUUUCUAAGAAUGGCAGAGGUGAGGUACAGUCACUGGGUCCACGUGCUUUCCAAAACUGGUCGAGAUAAGCUAUACAUGAGAAAUCAUCAAAGUAACUCUGGAACUAAGAAGAAAUGCCAUUCAUCAAAUGAUGUUUUUUUAAUAUCAGAUUAAGAGUUGCAUUUUUGCUUGUUUUUAAACUUUCACUUUGAAGUAUAUUUACAUUAAUAUUGAUACAGGUAAUGCAAUCACUUGCUCUUAUCAUUUAUGACGGUUAAUUUUUUUUUCAAUCUUACGCAUAAUGACAAUAUGAAGAAUCCACAAGCUUUAUCUUUGGAUAUGUUAUUUUGAUGUAAAUGAUUAUUAAAAGUUUAUCUAUGCAA